CAAAUUGUUAGCGCUGCCGCCAGGUCGCACGCAGUCGGAAUUUAACCAGCAGCUGGAUAACUAUAUACCCAAGCAUGUCUCUCAGCGUGGAAACGGUUCAAACAACGCCCUACGAGGGCCAAAAGCCCGGCACCAGCGGGCUGCGCAAAAAAGUCAAAGUGUUCACGCAGCCCAACUACACGGAAAACUUUGUCCAGUGCACGCUGGACGCCAACGGUGCCGCCCUGGCGGGCUCCACCCUGAUUGUGGGCGGCGACGGGCGCUACUACUGCAAGGAGGCGGCCGAGCUGAUAGUCCGCAUCGCUGCAGCGAACGGCGUCGCCAAGCUGCUGGUGGGUCAGAACGGCAUACUCUCCACGCCCGCCGUCUCUAGCCUGAUACGUCACAACAAAGCUCUGGGUGGCAUUGUUUUGACCGCUUCGCACAAUCCUGGCGGUCCUGAGAAUGACUUCGGCAUCAAGUUUAACUGCGAGAAUGGUGGUCCAGCUCCGGAUGCGUUUACCAACAACAUUCACCAGCUGACGACUGGCAUCAAGAGCUACAAGCUGGUGCGUGGCCUGCAGAUUGACAUCUCCAAGGUGGGCGUCAGCAGCUUCGAUAUUGAAGGCAAGCCGUUUGUGGUGGAGGUCAUUGAUUCGGUGGCCGACUAUGUGCGUCUCAUGCAGGAGAUCUUUGACUUUGCCAAGCUGCGCGAUUUCGUUAGCGGCAAGUCGACUGGAAAGCCCCUCAAGAUGCGCAUCGAUUCCAUGAAUGGUGUAACUGGCGCCUAUGUGCGUGAGAUUUUUCUGAAUCGCUUGGGCGCAGCAGAGGUGUCGGUGGUGCACACGACACCGCUGCCGGACUUUGGUGGACUGCAUCCCGAUCCGAAUCUGACGUACGCCAAGGAUCUGGUGGAAACGGUGGCCAAGGGCGACUACGAUAUUGGCGCUGCCUUCGAUGGCGACGGCGAUCGCAACAUGAUCAUCGGCAGCAAGGCGUUCUUUGUGACGCCCAGCGACUCCUUGGCGGUCAUCGCUCACUAUCUGGACGCCAUACCCUAUUUCCAGAAGAAUGGCGUGCAGGGAUUUGCACGCAGCAUGCCAACUGCCUCUGCCGUGGAUUUGGUGGGCAAGAAACUGGGCAAGGAGGUGUUUGAGGUGCCCACGGGCUGGAAAUACUUUGGCAAUCUCAUGGACGCCGGGCGGCUGUGUCUGUGCGGCGAGGAGAGCUUCGGCACCGGCUCCAAUCACAUUAGAGAGAAGGAUGGUAUCUGGGCGGUGCUGGCCUGGAUUUCCGUCAUGCAGCACACGGGCAAGAGCAUUGAGGAUAUACUGAAGCAGCAUUGGUCCAUCUAUGGACGCAACUAUUUCACGCGCUACGACUACGAGGAGUGCGACCUGGAGCCCUGCAACGAGAUGAUGGCCACCAUGGAGAAAACCAUAACAGCGCCCGAUUUUGUGGGCAAGAGCUUCGCCAGCGGCGGCAAGAGCUAUAAGGUCAAGCAGGCGGACAACUUCAGCUAUACAGAUCCCGUGGACAAGUCCGUGGCCACCAAGCAAGGACUGCGCAUUGUCUUCGAGGACGGCAGCCGCAUUGUGAUGCGUCUCAGCGGCACCGGCAGCUCCGGCGCCACCGUGCGCUUGUACAUCGACUCCUAUGAGAAGGACAAUGUGCUGGGCCAGGCCAGCGUCAUGCUGAAGCCGCUAAUUGACAUUGCAUUGGAAAUCUCGCAGCUGCCCAAAUUCACCGGACGCAAUGCGCCCACUGUCAUCACAUAAACAGACGAGUUCCGGAGUAGAUCAUGUCUUUGUCUUUAUUCGAAAUCCCCUUUUGCAGCUGCGUAAGGCAUUUGGAGUUGCGUUUCGAAUCUAUUAAACUCUGUUUGUAGCUGAAACCAAAGUUGGCAAGUUAAAAAUAUAAAUUAUAAUAAAAAUAA